GUUCCGACUUAGCCCCAAGUUUUUCGACUAUUCAUUCAGCAUUUUCAAUCGUUCAUCAUGCGUUUCGACCUUCAAACCCUCUUUGUCUCCGCGCUCGCUGUUACCACAGUCUCGUCCACCCCCAUAGACGAGCCCAGCAUGGUGGAAAGAUGUGCCACGACCUGCAGCCAACACUGCUCACCCCGGCCAGCAACUCUAGAGCAGCAGCGAGAAAUCUUCGCCAAGUUUGUCGCCACCGCCAUCGGCCAACGCGACUUCUACAGGGCGUACAAAACGUUCGCGGCCGACGAUAUUAUCCAGCAUAACCCUGCCAUCAUGUCGGGACUGCAAAAUACUCUGGACUUCUUCAACUCGCAGCCUAACCUCGCCAGCACAAAAUACACCAUCAUUAACACCAACUUUGGCGACAACCACAUUGGGUACUUCCACUACCGUGCAGACAUUGCCCCUGGCGAGGAGCCUUUCGCUGUAGUGGACUUUUACCGCUUCAAUGGAACAUGUAUCCAAGAGCAUUGGGACGUGGUCCAGCAGUAUGACCCUAACUCGCCUAAUCCACUGGCUCUGUUUUGAGAGGAGUAGGCAAUGAUGCGACCGAAGGGUGCUAGGUUGGCAGUAAAGAAACCUCUACUAUCUCAAGAUGUAGAGGGCCUGGCGUUUGUGUGGCUGUGACCGGGAAACAUGUUGUAGCGAGGUCAAGGUCCGAAAGUAAGGUCUUAGCUCGAGGAGAGCUCAGAGGGCACUGGCACCGGAAAGAAACUAGAAGUAGUGUCUACUGCUAUAAAAAUGCUAAGCUUUGUUUGUAU